AUGGCAGAAACUACGACUGAACGUGCUAUUGAUGGAAAGACAUUGCAGUCAUCAAAUCUCAAAAUACUUAACAACUUCGACGACUACUUGGUAGCUAUUGUGGGCAUCGAAGAUAAACAACACUUUCUUGAGCAACUUCCGACGAUGCUUAACAACGAUCGUUUCCAAUCGUUUGAUGAUAUCAAAAACAGCCCUGUUUUCGUUCAUUCUGAAUUAGAGACUGAUGUUUUCUUAAUCAUUUCUGGUACACUGGGAAAACAAUAUCGUGAUCAACUUAUACUGGAAAGGCAACUAAAAUGUGUAUACGUUUAUUGUAAGAACGAGAGCUACCACAUAGAGUGGACGAAGGAGAUCAAGAAAAUCAGAUGUGUAACAUCUGAUCCAACAACACUAAUCGAAAAACUUCACAAAGAUGUCAGAACAUUCAGUAAUCGAUGGCCGUUUGACGAAAGAUCAUUUAUCAAAUCGUCAAUACCCACUUCUCAAUGGUUUCAUUUAUUUCUUACGAUGAUUUGUCACACACCUGACACCAUAACAUUACCGUACGAUGAUAUGUUCAACGAAUGUCGUUCAUACUAUAAGAAUAAUCAAUCAGUGCUGAGAGAUAUCAAUUCGUUCGCCGAAAACCAUAAACCAGUGGAUCCAAUUAAACAAUACACAAGGAAUGGUUUUCUGUAUCGUAUUCUCAAUCAUGCUUUACGUACACGAAACAUGGGACUUAUCAGGAUAUUCAGCCCGUUUAUCCGACACUUACAUGGCCAGUUGUGGAAACGUCAGUCAGCAUAUUAUAAAAAUUUGGACAAAGAACAAUUGAUUCGGAGUGUUUACCGAGGACAAUAUCUAACUGAAGAACAAGUGGAUCAUCUUUAUUCAGUUUGGAACUCCAAUCAUCCUAUUAUCACUUUGACCACAUUUGGUUCGACAUCAAGGGGGCCGAAUGUUGCAUUUAGGUUUGCACUGCCUGAAAAUGGUGUCGUUUCUUGUUUAUUUGAGAUCAUCAUCACUGACAAUUGCUGUGACUCGACAGAAAGCUGCUUCUAUGAAGCACCAGUCUUCGCAGAUAUUACUUCAAUCUCUGAAAAGAGGGAUGAACGAGAAGUACUGUUUUCUCUUGUUACACGUUUUCGUAUAAUUCAAAUCGAACGACAACGAAUGGAAAACAAUGACUCCCUGCUUGUAAUCAUCUUGAAACCAGCGGAGCCCGAAGAUAUGCAGAAUAAAUUUUCUGCUUCCAGUAUUAUCGAAGAAUUUAAGAAGCUAGAAGAUGCGCAAGUCUAUAAGGAUAUUCUAGACAUGUUACAAGAAACUGCGGACGAAGAGACAAAAUUCAACAGUACAAACUGGACAGUCUGGUGGAAUAAUCUGAAAAGUCAAUGGCACCAAGGUGUCAGAGAUAAAUCACCACUCAAUCUGAUAUUCUUUGGGUGUUUUACCAACAGUCUAAAGUGGUCCAGAAAAGCAAUCGACAUGCAUAAGGAUAGUCUACGUACCGUUCCAAGUAUUGAAUUAAAUCGAUCUUGUUUUAGAAAACUAUACGAAUGGUCUAAUGCACUUAGGACCCCAGUACCAACGAGAUGGCUAGCUUUGUACGAAGAAUAUCUGGAAAAGUUAUGUACAACAAACACGAAAGAAGCGAGAAAUACAGUGAAAACUGCUGCAGAAACGUAUGAAAAGAUCGGUGACACCGCACAUACAAACAGCUGUUAUGAAAAAUUAUUGGCACUAAUAGGUGAUACUAAUACAAAGAUGAAGAAAGAAAUAGAAAAGAAAGUCAAACGCUUAGAAAAUCCUUCUGCACCGACAGAGAAAAAAGGUUCCAGACCUGAACCGAUUGUUCCGUACAGAGAACCGUCGAAGGUGUAUAAAAUGCAAGAACAACUGUGGAUGAUAUACGAGUCUCUGAAAGACUGUGCUGAUGAUCCGAAUUCAAUCAAAGCGUGUUUUACUAAGGUGAAUCGAUUACUUCGACUGGCUGCUGAAUCGUACGAUGCAGGUGACUCGCGAAUCAUUCUCCGAAUGCCAGUCAUCGAAAAUGCGGGACUGUCUGUGAAUGACUAUCGCUUCUAUUGCCUUUUAUCUACCGAAAGACAUACGGAAAAACUAGCUAUCGUGAUCAAAGAUGGAAGUAAUAAUCAUGAGCUGACAUUAUGGCGUUAUGAGAAAUAUAUGCAUGGAUGGAUAUUUCUCGGACAACUGAAGCAUUGCUUGGUUUUGUGCAAAGGAUCCCAAAGUGGUAUUUCUUUAAUUGAUCGACUAAUGAAGAAACUGAAUGUUGUUCUGACAAUGUGCGCGAUUUACUUAUGCGUUAAACCGCGCAGCAAGAAAGUGAAUGUGGACGGGAUGAAGUUCGUGAAUGUGAUCGACGAGGGAACAAAGCAACAUAUUUUCGGUGAUAUUUUCGAUGACAAUCUGUUGGCUAAGCUACAAGCACUGGAACAAGAAAUUAUUACCGGUAGUGGAAGUUACCAGCCGAUUUCUGAUAGUUAUAGAGAAUCGAAAUUAGAUCCGACUACGAUGGAACCAAAAGACGUUUUCUCUGAUCCAUGA